AUGCAUCUUCCUCUGAACCUCGAUAUUCGUAUGGCCAAUACCUAUGUGUACGCUCUCUCAGCGUUGGUAGCAUGCGUAGCGAUCGCGGAGAUGAGGAAGCGGUGGAAUUCCUCUCGACUUCCUCUUCCUCCUAGUCCGCCGUCCGAGCCAAUCAUCGGAAACAUCCGUGUUAUGCCGACGGAAUUUCAGUGGAAGAUAUUCGCGGAUUGGGGAAAGAAGCUCGGAGACGUAGUUUAUUUGUCUAUCAUUGGGAAGCCAUUGAUCAUUUUGAACUCUGCGGAGGCCGCUCGUGAUCUCUUGGACAAACGCGCUUCAAAUUUUUCGGAUAGGCCUCGAUUUGUCCUUCAUGGCGAGUUAUUUGGAACAGAGAUGUUGAUGCCAUUCAUAACCUACGGAGAACGGUUUCGAGCCCAGCGACGUCUAAUGCAGCAGCAUUUCAAUUCUCAAGCGAUAUCCUCAUUCCGUCCACUACAGAGCGCGCAACUAAGCAUCUAUCUCAAGAAUCUCCUUAUGUCUCCAGAGAAUUUCACAAAUCACACGUAUAGGUUCACCGCUGGAACUCUAGUUAUGGCUACUUACGGGCAUGAAGUCAAUUCGGAAGACGAUAUUAUCGCUAGGCUUGCGGUUGAUUCAGCGAUUCGCUUCAUCGAGGGAGGCACGCCGGGUGCGACACUCGUUGACUUCAUUCCGAUAUUGCGCUACAUCCCUACUUGGUUCCCAGGAGCAUCGUUCCGGAGGAAAGCCGUCGAUACUUACAAGGCACAUGUAGACGCGAGAGAUAUUCCCUAUAACGAAGUGAAGGAACGCAUGUCAUCCGGAACGGCCAUUCCAUCUCUGAUGAGCCGGAUGAUCGACACGUACGAGACCAAGUAUCCAGGUGACAAAGAUUUCGAAGUUAACAUAAAGCAUGUUGCUGGCGUUAUCUACGGAGCUGGAGUUGAGACAUCGGAAAUCGUCCUUCGCACAUUCUUGCUCAUGAUGACAUGCCAUCCUGAGGUCGUUGCCCGUGCACAUGCCGAAAUCGAUGAAGUUAUAGGCAGCAGCCGGCUUCCAACUCAUGAUGACCGACCUAACCUGCCAUACAUUGAAUGCAUCCUCAAAGAGGUUUAUCGGACCAAUCCUCCACUUCCUUUGGGUCUUGCACAUCAAUCAAUAGCUGAAGAUGUGCAUCGCCAACGCAGGAUUCCAGCCGGAUCGAUGUUGAUUCCAAACAUAUGGAAAAUGAUGAGAGAUGAACGUCAUUUCCCAGACCCCGAAUCUUUCAAACCGGAACGCUUCCUGUCGAAAGUGAAGGAUGCUUUGGAAAUGCAGCAUGGAGCUGGAAAAGUGGCUGUCGGCCUAAACAGUACAAGUAUAGAUGAUCCCAGUUCACUUGUGUUCGGAUUCGGCAGACGUGCUUGCCCAGGACGUUACUUUGCAGAUUCUAGCGCUUGGUUAGCGAUGGCAAAUAUACUUGCAGCAUUCGAUAUUCGACCGCCAAUCGAUCCUGCCACGGGCGAAGAACAAGUGCCGAUUGUAGAGUUCACACCAGGUUUCGCUAGCAAACCAAGGGAAUUCAAAUUCGAUCUUCGUCCUCGCAAUGCGAAAUAUGUCGCAUUAAUCAAUGAGAACGCCGCUGCCAUGCAUUGAAGACUUAAGAAGUUGAAGAACUACGAUUACUUUUGUAGUUGAACACAAAUUAUCAUUAUGUAAACUUCAUAAUUAGU